AUGUCCUCGCACACUACAGCUGCCUUGAGGAAAUCUAUUGAGAAUUCCAAGUGCGGUUAUCGGCGUCUCGGGAAUAGUGGCCUCAAGGUGUCUGUGCCAAUUUUCGGGUGUAUGAGCUUAGGAAACUCCAAUUCCAUGUCCUGGACUAUUGAUGAAGACGAGGCUCUUCCGCUCCUCAAGUUCGCGUACGACUCGGGCCUCAACACCUGGGACACAGCCAAUGUCUACUCGAACGGAGCUUCCGAGGUUAUUAUUGGGAAAGCCUUAAAGAAGUACAACAUUCCGCGUGAGAAAAUUGUUAUUUUAACAAAAUGCUUCUGGGGUGUGGCAGAAGACCCUGAAACUCUGCACUGGUUGGAACGCGAAUCAUUCGAAUCCUCCAAAGAUUACCAGAACCAAUACGGUCUUUCCCGGACCGCGAUAUUCAACCAAGUCAAUGCGUCACUGAAGAGAUUGGGUACAGACUAUAUCGACCUUCUACAAAUCCACCGUUUCGACUCAACAACCCCUAUCGAAGAAACAAUGAAGGCCCUUCACGAUGUUGUUCAAUCCGGAAAAGUCCGAUACAUUGGUGCAAGCAGCAUGUGGGCAACCCAAUUCGCCCGCAUGCAGUUUUGCGCCGAGCAUAACGGCUGGACGAAGUUUAUAAGUAUGCAGAGUCAGUAUAAUCUCCUCUAUCGCGAGGAGGAGAGGGAGAUGAAUCGGUUUUGUAAUGAUACAGGUGUUGGCUUGAUCCCUUGGGCUCCUCUUUGCCGUGGCCACCUUGCGAGACCGCCAUCGGAGUUUGGCUCGACUAUCAGAAGCAAGGAAGAACAGCAGAUCACUUCCGGCCUGGAGGAGUCUGACCUAGCUAUCAUCAAACGGGUCAUUGAGAUCGCCGAAAAGCGCAGUUGGCCAAUGUCUCAUGUUGCACUGGCGUGGAUUAACAGACGCGUCACCAGUCCCAUUAUAGGCUUCAGCAGCAUUCAGAGACUACAGCAGGCAAUUGCAAUUCGAGGCAAAGUGCUGACAGAAGAGGAGGAAACAUAUCUCGAGGAGCUGUAUAAACCAAAAGCUGUUAUUGUUGCCGAGUCUCUUUAG